UGAAGCCCCACUGCUCGGUUCGCAAGAGGAGAGAGAACAGAGUCCGACCAAGGCGACCGCACCGUACAGUAGCCGCUACCAGCGCACCGGUGUCCGGCUGUGAGCCAGACAGUAUGACGGGGAACAAGUUCAGGACCUGCGGGGCUGCUCGAGGGUAGCUAUUCAUCGUUACUUUCGACGGACAACACGAACGUUGACGCCGACCAGGCUUUUCACCUUCCCUCACUGGAAGCGUAUCGAACGGAUUCGGCUCUUUUUUGGUCCCAAGCAGAGGUCGGUGGUGAAACAUGAACAAGAACCACCGAGUGCCGAGCAACCGUUCUCUGAGUGCCGUGGAGGUGAAGAGUAAGUUCGGUGCAGAGUUUCGCCGGUUCUCUCUCGAUCGCUCAAAGCCAGGCCGCUUUGAUGAGUUCUACGGCCUCUUGCAACACGUCCAUCGUAUUCCCAACGUGGACUUGCUUGUGGGUUACGCCGACAUCCACGGCGACCUGUUGCCCAUCAACAAUGACGACAACUACCACAAGGCUAUCUCCACUGCCAGCCCCCUCCUCAGACUCUUCCUUCAAAGGAAAGAGGAAGCCGAUUAUACAACCUUUGGUACCGAUACGCUGACGAGAAAGAAAAACACGGUUCUUUCGGCAGUUCUUCUCCGACCCGAUGCCAACAGGAAAAAGCCGCCCGUUAUCAUCAGCCUCCCGAGGGACUUCCGUCCCGUUUCGUCUAUCAUCGACGUGGACAUCCUGCCCGAAACGCACAGACGCGUCCGCCUGUACAAGCACGGCCAGGAAAAGCCUCUGGGCUUCUACAUCCGUGAUGGCUCCAGCGUGCGGGUAACGCCGCAGGGCUUGGAGAAGGUCCCUGCCAUUUUUAUCUCUCGGAUGGUUCCCGGCGGCCUCGCGGAAAGCACCGGUCUUCUCGCAGUGAAUGACGAGGUUCUGGAGGUGAACGGCAUCGAGGUGGCUGGCAAAUCUCUGGACCAAGUGACUGAUAUGAUGAUCGCAAACAGUCACAACCUCAUCAUCACAGUCAAGCCGGCCAACCAGCGUAACAACGUCGUCCGCGGCGGGGGCACGGCGUCCGGGAGCUCGGGGCGGUCCUCGGACAGCGGAGCCAGCUACUACGGCUACUCUUUGUCGGCCGGGCUCGGCGCCACCUCCUCUGCCCCCUCGCACAUCAUCCAGAAUUUCCCCGUCGGCGAGCUCGAGAGCGACGAAGACGACGAGGACCUCGUAAUCGAGGCAGGGGGCGACGCCGAUCCCAUCAGCCGCACGCCGUCCAAUUACAGCAUGCCCCCGCUGCCUCGCUACGAGCCGCACCUGAACCUGCGAGCGUCCGCUUCGCCGCCACCCCUCGCCAUCAACGGUGCCGUGCUAGCCCGCGGGAGCAGCGGCUCACUGAGCAAGGCCGGGUACUCCACACCGUCACCGGACAGAGCCACGAGGAGGCGGAGUCUCGAAGAAGACGGAACUGUAAUAACACUGUAGAACUGCCAUGCAUGCACUACACUUGAGUACUUCCACACACUCUGUACGUUUACGCCGUGUUAGCAAAAUAUUUUUUUUUUAUCUGGAUGAAACAUAAACAUAAGUCCAGCUGUAGAAACAAAAACCCACUUCAACAGACUUCCUUGACACCAAUUCCUAAUUAGACAAGGCCUUGGCGGCAUUUGAUGGCAUUUCAGAAAAAGCACGAAAAAUACCGGUGGGUUCAGGAGCAUGUACACAAGCAAAUCAGACCAGGCCCAAGACGAUGUGUACAUGCUUUGAGUGGGAGGCAGACAAGUAGCUGGUCGACCAGAAACGACAUUUGGCUUCAUGCAUCCCUCUUACCAAAAGAGAUAACAAACAUGUGAUUUGUACUACAAGUCAAGUUUACAGCAUGUGUACUGAGCAUACAGAUUUGCAACACUAUCCAAGUCACUAUUCUCCAGCAAGCUUGUUUUAUUUUGCAACGUAUUCGAUCAAUCAGAAAGAGACUCUAACCAAGAGGUGUACAAGAGGCAUAGCGCCACCAAUGGCAGUAGCCAAUAAAUUGCUUCUGUACAAGGACAACUCAAGUAGUUCACUUCACAGAUGUAGCGGUAGCUGGAACAAACUGGAUGUAAACUGAGCGACACUUUGAGAGGGAGUCACGGACCAGCCAUUGACGCCAAUAACUUUGACGGAGAAGCGCAAUGACAUGUAAAUAUUGAAUCUGGACACAAAGCCUAUUGAAAUGUUUGUACAUUUACAUGUAAAACACCACACUUCAGACUGUAGUGCCCACGCGUGUGCCAUUGUGGCACCAUGGAGGCUGCGGGCAACCCCCCCCCCCACACACACACACACACACACACACACACUAAAGGACUAAAGGUGUCACUUCACAGAAAAACCUCCCCCCAAAACCAGGUACUGCACCUCCUUCCAAGCUACAAGCCUCCUGAAGCACUUAUCUUGUUUUUUGUUUUUGUUUUUUCAAACUUCCUCUAGAGAGCAGCGGUGAUCCCUCAUGCCCACGCGUCUUAUGAAUCGAUGAGUGUUUCCCCAGCCACAAGCCUGUGGACACCAACAAGGCAUUUAUUUUA